UGCAAAGAUAUACAACGUGCCGAGCACUCAGACCCGACGCACGGCAGUCACAAUCGCGACACCGACCGUGUAUCGCGUAGUUCGCUGUCCGCCGUUCUCUUCGAAUAUUAUUUAUUUAUUUAUUUUUUCCGUUUCCUUUCCCGACAUAAUAGUUGUGUUUUGCAUUCCAUUUUGCACCGUAUACAAUACACUACAGGUCGACACCGUUUUAAUGCGUUUUAUAGCCAUUAAAAUGGCUUAUUUAACGUCUCGUAAUAUCGAUAUGUUUUACCGUUACCGUCGUGUUUGAGUUUUUGAAUUUUCCCGGAACGCUUACCAACCAUCCGACCGCAACGUUUCAAUCGUCCAACAAAUAUCGAGAUGGCAUUAUUAGUAGAAUCACGGUCGUUUCGGCCAUUCAAGUCCAGUGAAGAAUAUCUUUACGCUAUGAAAGAGGAUUUGGCUGAAUGGCUGAAUGGUUUAUAUCCUGAGCUCUACAUAAAUGUAAACAAUUUCAUGGAUAGACUUGAUACCGGUGUUGCACUGUGCAAGCACUCAAAUUGUGUAAGGAACUAUGCAGAGGAACAUGUCAAUCGAAGACAAGCAGCCGGUAAAUCUAAUAUUAGCGGCAUUGCAAGCACAGUUCUUCAGUUACCACCUGUACGAUAUUUACCCGGCGCUAAAGGAGGGACAUUUUUUGCUAGAGACAAUGUUUCAAAUUUUAUUAAUUGGUGUAGAAAUGGGCUUGGUGUUUUCGAAUGUCUAUUGUUUGAGACUGAUGAUCUUAUUAUGCGCAAGAAUGAAAAACAUGUGAUAUUAUGUUUGUUAGAGGUUGCUAGACGUGGUGCUAGGAUUGGUGUACCAGCUCCAAUGUUAGUACAAAUGGAAAGACAAAUCGAUCGAGAAAUUGCUGCCGACAGAAAAUAUGGGCAAUUUUCACAAGGAACUGAUUUUAAUGACGGCGAUGACACUGAUUUCAGUGAUGGGGAAGACCUAACUGAAUAUGCCCCGUUACCUCAAAUCGUCACUAACGAUUUAAAAAGUUUAGAUGAAAUGGUAAGAGAUCUUGUGGAAAGGUGCAAAUGUCCAACUCAAUUCCCAAUGAUCAGAGUGUCUGAAGGAAAAUAUCGUAUCGGUGAUACCAAAGUUUUGAUAUUUGUCAGGAUACUGAGGAGUCACGUUAUGGUUAGAGUAGGUGGAGGCUGGGACACACUGUCUCAUUAUUUAGACAAACACGAUCCAUGCCGAUGUAAAACUGCUCAUCGAGCGCCGGUGUCUGCGAAACUGACAGGUGUCAGAAGCGGCGGGCCCAUGUUGGAAAUAUCGCACGCCCAAGUACACUAUGAAAGAUCGCCACCGAGAACGCGCCGUUCGUCUACGUCCAGUACGGGCAGCAGCGGUAACGGCGGAUAUUCUGGUGGCUUGAAUCUGACGUCCGGCGGUCUGGCCACGGCCAAACGGGCCAGUCGCCGUCGGAGCCGGUCGCCGUCCCCGCGGUUGACGUCCACGGCCCACAAGCUGAACACACCCGUCGACUCGGGCCGCGGCCGGAGCAGGAGCCCGACGCCACGGGCCAUGGACCGACUGAGCGUGCAGAGAGCGGCGAGCUCGCCGCGGUCCAGGUCGGUGACGCCCAGCGGCCGACGGAAGCAACGGUCCGUGUCACCGGCGCUGGUUGACAACUGCGACCGUCUGCCGGUACCCGACGGCUCCCAGCAACGGGACAACCGCAGCCGAUCAUUGUCGGCUGCGCGCCAGAGCAGCCGUGGCGUGGACGAUACGCCAACGCCGAGGAUAUCGCUUAAUUUCGCUUCGGAACCGGCUGCCGAGUACGGCGGCGACCGCCUGUCCAAAGAGUCUUCGGUGGACAAACAAUGGGAGAAAACAGGUACAGCGGAGUCCGUGCACGGUGAUGGAGAUGGCGUCGACGGAGACGUGGCCGUAGACACGUCGUCUACGUGCCGCGUAUCCGACAACUUUUUGGGCACCGAGCAGUAUCACGUGCUCAAUCCGAUGCCCGUGACGGCCAUCGAAAGGAGACAUUCGACCGUCAAGGAAGAAGAAUCGGAAGUGGACACCACUCCGUUCUGUCGCGUUUCGGACAGCCUGAGGGUCGCCGCUUACGACGGUCCACCGUCGGUCAGGAAGAAGUCGCAUUCAAGGGACGUUAGGAAAUCGGAAACGGUCGGUACGGACAGUGGGUCGGAAGUGUCGGACGAGGGUUACAGGAGCUUGGGAGUAGUCACUACGCCACCGUCAGUCAACUCCAACGCUAAAAGUGCGCAGAAAUCCAAUGGCACACCUCCGGUUACACGGGUCACGCGGCCUCCUCGAAGCCGAUCGGCCGGCGGCAAGGAUACGCCCAGCCCGCAACAGUCACCGUUCCGCCGGAAUCGUUCCACCACGCAGUCGUCCAGACAACAGCAACAGCCUCCGCCGUUCACGAUGGUCAGUCGAUCGCAAACGCCCACGCCGCGGAUGAGCCGUCGGUCGCCGUCCGUGGACGGCAGUGGCGGCGGUGCAAGCCAACCGUCGUGGUCGUCGCCUUCGUCACCGGCCACGGCGUUGGGCCGGAACAACACGUGGAAUGCGACCGGUGGCCGGCACUCGACGUCCAAACAGAGACUGCAGGUGUCAGCCGACACGUUUUGCCAACAGGUGGCCGACAUCAUUAACCGGUACGCCGUGAUGGCGCCCAGUCCGCGGAAGGACUCGAAACCCGACUCGCCGAUCGUCACCAGGAUACCGGCGCCCGUGCAAAGGUCCUGAACGCUGUUCCGAUGCAACGGUCCCUCCAAAUACUUUUCCGCACUCCAUGCCUACGCGCCAGGACACGGAUUGUUAUUUAUUAGAUUUAUUGACUAUGCAUCAUCGUGUCAUCGUCAUCAUCAUCAUCAUUAAGUCGUCGUUGUCACGACGCGAUAAUUCGUGUGAUUUACUUAUUACGUUUACUGUUAUUAUUGUUAUCAUAAUAUAAUGUUGUUGUAGCUGAACCACACAGGGUCUAUUUAUGUAUAUUACCGGAAUAGCAAUAAUAAUAAUAGCUUGAUUUAUAUGAUAUUAUACACCGUCGCGUUCUUCACAUAGGUAAGAACUGCACUAGCUGUGAUAAUAUUAACGCCCGAGACGAUUAUUCUUUCGUUAAUGUUAUUGUUAUUAUUGUUUUUAUCGUAAAGAGCGCGUUUUAUGUUUUUCGAAUGUUAUAUGUGUAUAGACACCACUAUACACACAUACAUAUAUAUAUGCUAUGUACUUGUGUACAGAAUGCAUCACGAAAAUGUAUUUUCCCGUGAAUAAAUAAUGCAUUUAAAAAUAUCAGACGUUCGCGAUGCACUCCCAAACAAUAUCUA